AUGUGGCCGACUACUAUCAUCUUCAUGGUCCUUGCCCUGCUCAUCAUCGCCUUCACCAUCGUCAUGAGCCAUUUUGCAAAGUUUAACCCGCUUGAGCACGCUGUUUAUAAACCAGAGUUUGCGUAUUCUGUACAAGGUAAGUGCUCCGACCGCCUUCUAGUUUCGGGUGAUUUACUUUCAGAUACUCGAGAACUGUUAACAAACGCUUGUAAGCUUCCCUACAUCUUUCUUUCGAAUGAUGACGUGGCAGAUGGGCGGGAUGACUUCAGGUACUUCAGGUGAACCACAAAAACUUCAAUGAAAAGUUCAGAAAUGAUUGUAUGCCAAAAUCGCUGAGCAAAUACAUCAAUUUCUCGUCGAACGGCGUGUUGACAUUGAAAUUGAAGCAGAAAAUGGGGGCAAUGGAGUCAGGGUUUGAUUCAAUCGGGUCAGUUCUCAGAAAAAGUGUGUGCCAGACAACGUAAGAUUGUUUUUGGGUGCUCGUACUACAAACACAGCGGCGUUUCCAAUAUUUCUUUCGAGGUACUGGAGAGAAUCGGAACGAAACAGACCAAUAAUAAUUGUAGAUCGAGGACGGAAAGCCACUCAAAGUUCCGUUUUACAACUUUGCUGUCACUUGUAAAAAGGACGGCAUCGUCGAGUAUCUGAAGCCACUCGUCAAUUUCGCCGUUAUUCCGAAGGUUCGUCGAAAGUAGUUCGCAAUGAAAUCGUUCUUAUCUUCAGGAAUUUCCGGGCGAUUCGGUUGCUAUUCUAUUCCUGCCGUCUAUGAAUCACAAGUUUUUCAUGAAAUCAAUGGUGAAGAGUAAGAAGGCGUUGCUGGAUAACCGCUUCUUAUUCGCCAAGAUGAUGACAAUGGUAACUGCAGUUACGGGGGCUCUUCUAAUCCCAAUUCCCUUCUAGAAAGAUACAAAACCAUUCCAAGACCUGCUUCUCCAACUCGGAAUCCCCAAAGAGGAGAGUGUAUUUCAAAAAGCGAAGCAAAUGAAUUUCACGACCUUCUUCUCGGGUCCGCGGCAAAUUAGAGAUCUGAUCGAGACGGAUUACGAUACGAUGGAUCACCGCAACUUCAUUUUCCAGUUUCUGAUCGACGACAAUCAGUGUUUGGAGGACGGACGAGUAAGUUUGAAAUCUUUGAAUUUUGAAAACUUUGAAUCUUCCAGAAAUUCGUGGAUGAUCAGCUUGAAAGAGUUCAACAUUUUCUGUCGACAACGAACGGUUCCAAGUUCUUCUCCACUAUGUUUUUGGACGAUUACGGACAACGAAAACGAGCGAUUGACUAUGAUUUGAGGUGGGAGAAAUAAAAGCGCAAGUGCUUAGGUAAAUCGUUUCUAAUCUAACUAGCUAAUUCUCGUUUCUAACCGGACCUAGUUAGAUUGCUACCGAUUUCUAAAUCUAAUAAUAAUAACACAUUUAUUCUCUUCAGCCACCUAGGAAUAAAAUUACAACAAAAAAGAAAGAAGAGAAAAAAAGAGGGGGAAUGUGGGUGGGGGAAGGAACAAUGGCUUGACAUGACCAUUGGCCGGCAGUAGCCAGAGGUCAGUUAGAAUACAAAAAGCUAGGGGGGAUCUUCUCGAUGCGCGCCGCGAAGGCCUCAGAGGACAGUCUUUCGGGAAACAACUUGGCCACUCGGUUCCAAAGGGCAAGAUGGGUAUGUAAGAAAGAGUCAUGGGGUAGGCCAAGGGAGGAUAGAAGGUACGGGUGACGGGGGGAGACGCCGGGUUUGAGGAACAUGCUUAGGGAGGGGAAAUGGUACUUGUGCGAGAUUAUGUUGUGGAAUGUUCUGAGAAUAAGAAGAACCCUUCUGUGGAGUAUCGAUUUUGAAUUAGAUUGACUGAGACGGUCGCUAUAGGAGGAGAACCGCAUGUUACAUCUUUGGAAGACUCUUCUACUGAAAAAUCUAACUAUAGUAAGGGGAGACUCUAAUUUGUUGGAGAGGGAUGUCGAUGAGGGAUGGAAAAGUUCACAGCCGUACUAGCUAGCUGAUUUUGCAAUCUAAACAUAAUCUAGCUAGGUUUGCCCGAAAUUUUAAUCUAAUUAGAUAAAUGUUCUAAUAUUAGUGUUUUUGCAAUCUAAUUAGCUUCGCCAAUCUAAUUAGAAAAUUUAUCAGUCCAGUUAGAAGAAUUUGCAAUCUAAUCGCAGUAAAUUAGCAAUCUAAUUAGGUCCGGUUAGAAACGCGAAUUAACUAGCUAGAUUACAAACGAUUUACCUGAGUGAAAAGGUACAAUAUGAGAUUUUAGUGAAGUGAUUCGUUCUCUGGAACGUGAAGGAGUAUUCAAGAACACCACACUCAUCAUAACGUCCUACGAUUUAUCGGAAAAGUGAGAGAACUGGGAAAUACGACUGAUGUGAUGACUGAAUGGAUUCAGGGAACUUUCGAAAGAGGACGAGAAGAACCCUUUGUUCGCCGUCAAGCUCUCCGAAGCGUUUGUGAGCCUCUACCCGAGAAGCGAAGGUAUUCUCAACAUGAACUUCAACAGGCAAGCACGCACAUAACCUCUCCGUACAUAACGUUUCCCCUCCCCAGACUAAUGACAUCUCCCCACGUCUCCGACCUGAUUCUCAACCUUCUCGAUCCGAAUGCCACCGCACUUCUCUCUCCGCUUUCGCGUGUUCAGCCCACUUUGAGCUCGUGUCAAACGUUUCAAAUUCCCGAAAGUUUGUGUCCCUGUAUGACAUCGGUAUGUAAAACAAAGGAAUAAAACAAGUAAAUCUCUUGGUUUCAGAACAAUGCCUCCGAGUAUCCAAGCGCAGCCGAAGAGGAGUUUUUGACAGAAGUGAGGGGAAGGUUUCUGAAAGAAAUCAGGAAUUCCACUUGUUUGAUUUCCGCUAAAUUGAACAAUGAGCCAAUAUUCUAUAAGUACUUAAGCACCACGUUAGUUUGACUUUCAAUUAUUGUCAUUCAAAAAAUGUAUUCAGAAAAGGAGACGUGCGUGUUGUGGAACUUUCCGCGCAAGUGAUUACGAACGGAACAUUGGGAAAGGUUCCAAUCGAAAAGUGAAAGCCCUUCUUAACACAGUUUGUGCGUUUCAGAGGAAUGUGCCCGUCAAGAAGACGUUCGUGUUCGAGCCGAUGUUCAAGUCGUUCCGAAGUUUCGACACCGCCCGAGUCAUCAUAAACUAUGGGGUGAACGUUGGAAUUGACAGGUGA